AUGGCGUCUAGCCUCAACCCCUCCUUUUGCAAUGCCGCACCCCUAGAUUUCGCACACAUAACUGUCGUUGAAGAAACGCCAAAAUCAGAGCAUACCUCCCACACUGGCGCUUGCCAUUGCGGCACAGUCAAGUUCAACGUCACGCUCAAGUACCCUUUCCCCAAAUAUCCUGUCAAUGCAUGCAGCUGUUCGGUUUGCAUUCGGAAUGGGUAUCUAUUUGUGUAUCCAAAGAGGAGUGACUUCGAGAUUACUCAAGGAUACGAGGAUUUGACCUCUUACACAUUCAAUACUUGCACGCGAUUCCACAAAUUCUGUAAGACAUGCGGUUCUAGCAUAUUGAUUGAUUUUCGGCUUGCGGAGCAGGGGGAGACGGAUCCGAGGAAAGAUAUCCUGGCUCUUAAUGUGAGGAAUUUCAAGGACAUCGAUCUGGAUACACUGCAGUAUACGUACUUUGAUGGAAAAAGGCUUAUUCCUUCGAACGAAUAA